AUGCAUGGGCAGCCGAGCCGGCCCGCACAGCUGGAGCCAGAGGGGCUGGGGCCCGAGCGAGCCGCAGACGUGGUCGCACGCGCUGAGGCCCUGCUGGCCUCGGCACGGGAGGCGGUGGAGGCCAUGCGCCAGCGGACCCCGGCGGCGGCCCGAUCCCCCAGCGGUGCGGGCGCCGUGGAGGAGGGCGCCGGGGAGGAGGGCCCCGCCCAGCAGCCGCGCCGCACGGUCACCCGGGCCGCGCUGCCGUCUUUUGACUGGGCAGCCGCCGCCCUGGAGGCCGGCGAGGAGGGUGGGGGUGGCACUGGCGCCCGGCCACCGGCGCCGGCCGCAACAUCGGUACCCGCCGCCACGUCAGCGCCAGCCGCCACAUCAGCGCCCGCCGCGCGAUCAGCGUGGGGUAACGCCACCGGGGCCCCCGCCUCGGUGGACUCCUGGUUCGGGGGCAAGGUGGACACCGGCCCCGUCGCGCAGAGGAAGCCGGCCGCACCGCCCAAGAACCGGGCCGCCGGCGUCCAGGUGCUCGACCGCCCCGUGCUGCCAGACUCGCUGGAGUUUGCGGCCGACCUGCCCGAGUCCUUCGAGCUGCACUUCCAGGAGGACCUGCCGGCGGCCGAGCCUGGGGAUGCGGCCCUGCAGCAGGGCAGCGCAGCGCCCCAGCAGGCGUCUGGGCAGGAGUUUGGGCCUGCGGGCUACUGGCACCGCUGGACCGAGUCCUCCGGCCAGGAUGAGGGCGGGGCCGUGCAGUGGUACGAGCGGUGGUGGGAGGUGUCGGACUGGAAGGGCAUGAAGGAGCUGGGUGCGGAGAAGUGGGGCUGCAACGCAAACGGCGAUGCCUGGCGAGAGACGUGGAAGGAGACGAUCUCGGUGGAUCCCGCGACCGGGCAGCCGUCGGUCGCCCGCAGCGCACACAAGUGGGCCAACAACGCGGCGGGCGACGAGUGGGAGGAGAAAUGGGACGAGGGCUACCUCUCAAAGGGCGCGGCCUCCAAGUCCGCCUCCAAGUGGGCACGCCAGGGGGGCGAGGUGUGGCACGAGGAGUGGGGCGAGGACUACGACGGCGCAGGUGGCUGCGUCAAGUACACGAACAAGUGGGCGGAGGCCGAGGAGGCCGAGGGCGGGCGCAGAGAGUGGGGUGACAAGUGGGAGGAGCGGUUCAAGGAUGGCAAGGGAGCAAAGACGGGUGAAACCUGGAGCGUGAGUGCUGCGGGCGACCGCUUCAACCGCUGGUGGGGCGAGGACCACUAUGGCGACGGCAGCGUCCGCAAGCAUGGGCACAGCACCGCAGGCGAGGCCUGGGACGCUGUAGAGCAGAUGGACACGUACUACAACCCCAUCCCGCACUUUGGCUAUGAGCUCGCGCUGGCCCACUCCCCGCAGCUGCGCAGCGUCCCCACGCUGCCCUGGGAGGACGAGGAUGACCUCGGCGACUCCGGCCUUGGGGCCUUUUGA